AUGUCCGCACCUCCAGUUACGGAGAAGACAAGUUACGAGGCCCACAAGGCCCACACUGAUCACAUUGACGAUCAUGCCGCCAUGGCACACAACACGACCGGCGGCGCCGACAGCCCCGGCGUGACGACGCCGGACAUCGACUUUGACAAAGCCGCGUCCUACAAGCCGUCCAAGUUGACAGGCAAAGGACUCGGCUUCAUGGUCACGUUCGUGGCCGGCACUGGAUUCACGCUCUUCGGUUAUGACCAGGGUGUGCUCUCCGGUCUCAUGACCCUUGUGCCCUUCAUGCAGGAGUUCCCGCAAGCAGCGGUCCCAUGGGGUAACGACAAGCUCGAGAACUAUGGCAUGACGCCACAUGCCAACGCCGCCACCCUCCAGUCCUUCAUGGUGGCGAUCUACGAGCUCGGCUGUAUGGCCGGUGCGCUCUCGAACCUUGGCGGCGUCAUCAUGACCAUCGGUGCGAUCAUCCAGUGCGCUGCGGUCGACUACGCAAUGAUGCUCGUUUCCCGCGUCAUCACGGGUAUCGGCAACGGACUCCUCACAUCAACGGUGCCGGCUUACCAGUCCGAGUGCGCGCGUCCCGAGAAGCGUGGACCGCUCGUCCUCUUCUCCGGCUCGCUCAUCACCUUCGGCAUCAUGAUCUCAUACUGGAUCAACCUGGGAUUCUACUUUGUCGCGCCGAACCAGAACUUCACUGGUCCCAACCCCAAGGGCGGCUCCUCGGCAUCAUGGCGCUUCCCGAUUGCGUUCCAGAUCUUCUUCGCUGUCCUCAUGAUUGGGUGCCUGUACGGCUUCCGUCUGCCCGAGUCGCCCCGUUGGCUUGUCGCCCACGGACGGCAUGAGGAGGCGCUCGCUGUCCUCGCUGCGCUUGAGGGAACGACAGUUGACGACCCCGAGGUCCGCAUGACCCACCGCGCCAUCAUCGACGCCGUGUCCCAGGAGCGCUUCUCGUUCAAGUCCCUGUUCACUGGUGGCCGCACCCAGAACUUCCGCCGAACCAUCCUCGGAAUGCUGUCACAGAUGUUCCAGCAGAUCUCUGGUAUCAACCUGGUCACCUACUAG